UCUACACGCAUCAAGGAUCGGGUUGCGUAAUUUCAACACCAACAACGGUCGACCCGCCAUUCGUUUAAUCCUCUUCGUGGCCUGAGGCCUGAGGCGAAUCUUUCGUGUGUGAAAGAAGAGAUAUCGCGUACCGAAUAAUUAAAAAUGCCUUGGCUUGUGAUAAAAUUCAAUUUGGAAAACAUUGUAGAAGCGGUGCCAAAAAAUUGGUAUUGUAAAGAAACAUCUUCUUGUUACUGGCCGCCAGAUACUUGCAAUCAUUCAAUUAGCGAAAAGAUAAAAAAUCAAUAUAGUCCAGAUCCUUUAUUGUGGGAAACACAUCCCGCUGAAAUAUUGGGACAAUAUGAUGAUUUUAAAAUUGCUAAGAAAAAGGCCAAUAAAGCCAAAAGUACUAAUGAGCUUUCCUCGAAUAAUGAAGAUUUUAAAAAGAAAAAGAUACUAAAAAAACACAAAGAUAAUAAAACGCGACAUAAUACAGAUACCGAUAAUACAUCAUUAGAUGAAUAUUCAAAUGAUGGAAAUAGUUACCCCGUCACAUCUUUUCUGAAUUCGGAAAAAUCAGUGAAUGACACUCAUCAAAUUACUGUUCAGCAUAAACGUACAGAAAAAAAUAUAAAUAAUGCUUCAAAUUUAAUUGUUAUAAGUAAGGAUGCUUUUUCAAAAUAUCAGUUAUUAAAUUCAAAAUAUCAAGAGGAGGUACUGAAGGAAAUAAACUUACUACAUCUAAAAAUUAAUGAUAUAUCGGAUAGCAUAAAAGUUAUCAUUAAUAGUGCGAAAGUAAACACCGAAACUGUUGUCCAAAAUGAUAGAUCGGAAGUUUUAAAAAUCAUACAUUUAUUUCCGAUGACCGAAAAAUCAUUAAUUGAGGUGGAAGAUUGGAUUAACUCAUCAAUAGAUAAUAAAGAAGCACUGACUAAAGAGUUAAGUCAUAUAGGAGGCACCACCUUAAAGGAAUUGAUUAAAAAAUUAAUGUACAGAUUAUUCUUUAAUGAAGUUGGAAUGUUAUACUCAUGGGAAGGGGCCAAAAAAAGAAGGUUUUCAAAAACUUAAAUAUUGCAGCUGUUAUUUUAGAUGUAGUUCGUGUAAAUCCGAAAUUUCAAAACGCCACUGAAAUUGAAGCAAUUAAUUAUAUAAAAUCUUGGCUCGUUAGAAGUAAGGAUCGAUAUAACAACGAACGGAGAAAGACUAACCAAAUUGUAAACAACACUCAGGAAGAAACCAAUCAAGUUGACUCUCCGUAGACUCAACACUAACGACAAAGAUACGUAUUUAUAAUUUUUAAUAUCCAUGCGAAAUGUAACAUUUCAUCGAGGCCGCUUCGAUAAUUGAAAAACUAGUAUAUUCAUGUGAUAAUUAUUUUCAUGCGAUAAUUAUUUUCAUUGAUUGCACAAGUCAUGUCUAUAUAAUUGAUAGGAUUAUAUGUUUGACACUUUACGUAGACAAUUGUUUACUGCAAUGUGUCAAUGAUUUAACUUUAAAACGGUCCUCCUAGACACUCGAUAUUACUGAUCGUUUAAACUGGUUUUUAACAUUGAUGGAUACAGAUACAUUAUCAGAAAUGAUAGUGUGUAGAUUUUAAAUAACUUUUGAUCCCGUACACUGCAUUUAAUGGGUGUGUAGGGAAUCCGGUAAUUUUUUUAAGUAUUUUUUAAAUAUAUACUGUAUUUCGAA